ACUGGGCGUUGCUUAUUUGUAGGGCUAUGUCGCUAUGCAAUAGCCGCAGAAAGCACAUAUGCGCUAAUAUUUGUGUGAUAAAUUGAAGCAAAAGAAAAGUGUAGAGCCCGUCGCUCUUCUGCAAAAUACAAUAGUCUUGUGAUCAGAUUAGAGUAGGCGGAAGUGAGGUCAGGCAGGCAGUCUGUCUCCUCCAUGUUAUUGUUUUUGUGUUGUGUGAUGAUAUAGACGGGAGACCAGAGACCCUCCUGAGUUCAAGAGCAGGCUGGGAUUACAUUGUUGUGUACGAGAGACAAACGGGACACACGCAUAAUCUGUCAUUAGCGUGUGUAAUUCUGUAAACUACGGAGUUCCACUAGCCUGCGAGAUACGUAGAGUUGUAAUUGUGCUCGUGUUCAAAUAAUAUUCGCCAUGAACGGCAUCAGCAAGGGCAGGUUUGAGGUUUUCUCAAACAACGAUGAGGCACCUAUUAACAAGAAGCUUCCAAAAGAACUCCUACUUAGAAUAUUUUCCUAUCUGGAUGUGAUUACCUUGUGCCGAUGUGCCCAGGUGUCUAAGGCGUGGAAUGUCUUGGCAUUGGAUGGAAGUAACUGGCAAAAAAUAGACUUGUUCAACUUUCAGACGGAUAUAGAGGGUCGUGUGGUGGAGAACAUCUCAAAGCGUUGUGGAGGGUUCCUACGGCAGCUUAGUCUCAGGGGGUGUCUCAGUGUGGGGGAUGCAGCGAUGAGGACGUUUGCACAGAACUGCAGAAACAUUGAAAAUUUAAACCUUAACGGUUGCACAAAGAUCACUGACAGCACAUGUAUUAGCCUUAGCAAAUUCUGUUCCAAACUGAAAUUUUUGGACUUAACAUCGUGUGUGACUCUAACUGAACAUCUCUGUUUUAAGAGUCUUAUUGAGGGCUGCAGAAAUCUGGAGCACCUGAACAUUUCUUGGUGUGAUCAAAUGACUAAGGAUGGUAUUGAAGCUCUGGUGAGAGGAUGUGGCGGUCUAAGAGCUUUAUUUCUUAGAGGCUGCACACAGCUCGAUGAUGAAGCACUGAAGCACCUUCACAAGCACUGUCCAGAACUCAUGACAAUCAACAUGCAGUCUUGUACACUGGUCUCAGAUGAAGGAUUAGUAAGUUUAUGCAGAGGAUGUCAUAAACUUGAAAUUCUGUGUCUCUCCGGGUGUUCAAACAUCACUGAUGCUUCCCUGACAGCCCUUGGGUUCAACUGCCCCAGGCUCAAAAUUCUUGAGGGUGCAAGAUGUUCCCAUUUGACAGAUGCUGGUUUCACAGUUUUAGCCAGGAAUUGUCAUGAGCUGGAGAAGAUGGAUUUAGAAGAAUGUAUUCUGGUCACUGAUAACACUCUUGUCCAGCUCUCUAUUCACUGUCCUAGACUCCAGGCUCUGAGUCUAUCUCACUGUGAGCUUAUCACGGAUGACGGGAUCCGUCACCUCAGUAACAGCGCCUGUGGACACGAGCGGCUGCAGGUGGUGGAGCUGGACAACUGUCCUCUGAUCACUGACCUCACCCUGGAGCACCUGAAGAGCUGCCCCAAUCUGGAGAGGAUUGAGCUGUACGACUGCCAGCAGGUCACCCGCUUGGGAAUCAAGAGGAUCCGGGCACACCUGCCGGAGAUCAAGGUUCAUGCCUACUUUGCCCCUGUCACCCCCCCUCCCUCGGUGGGCGGCAGCGGCCAGCGCCUCUGCAGAUGCUGCAUCAUUCUUUGACAGUGGACUCCUUGGAGCAGAUCUGUGUAAAACAUAUACUGUUAGUGUGAAUGAUGAUCAUUAUAACGCUGAUAAUCUGAAAGCUCCCAGAUCUGGGGAGGGGGAGGAUUGAAGGCUCCCACAUCUGAGGGGAAAGGAGGAGGAGAAAACCCUCGCAGAGGUAUCGCAAUGAGUCCUGGACCGUUUUGAGGUCACUACGAUGUGCUGCAUAUGGAAGGGGGGGUGGGGGGAGACCAUAGCAGACGGAAAAGAUAGAGAGCAACUCUGUGUGGAGGAGAAAACAAAUAAGCAAUUUCUCAUUGUUUAUCGGCCAAUGCUUCCAUUUCAAUAAGUCUGUACUUAACUUAAGUCCAAGUACCCCUUUGUGUUAUUGUGUCCCUUAAGGUAAUGUAACAAUAAUGUGGUACUAUUGGCAGCAGCACAGCGCUGAACAGGACGAAUGCAGUGUGGUGUGUGAUACAUUUUACAUGUAUUGGUUAAAUAUGGGUGGGAUGGAUCGAGAUUUCUGGGAGCAAGGCAAAAGUAACAGGUCUAAGAAAUAAGUUACCCAAAUAGCUCUGUGAUUACAUUUCUUUAUAUAUAUAUAUAUAUAUAUAUAUAUAUAUAUAUAUAUAUAUAUAUAUAUAUAUAUAUAUAUAUACAUGUGAGGCUGCGUUUUUUUAUAACACAACAUGCAUUUUCAAUAUUAAUACCUGGAAUAAAGCUUAAGUGAAAUAUUAGUAUUUUAUUUGUCAAAUAAAUUACCAGUUUAAUAUAUAACAAAAAGAAUAAUCACAGAAUGAUAAAACUGGCAACUGAUGUUAUUCUUUAUGAAACCGGACCAGUGAUGCAUAUGCGCAUAUAUAUAUUAGGGCUGUCAAUUAAUCAUAGUUAACAUCUAUGAUUUAACAUAUACAUUUCUUGGGAUAAUUUUUUUAACGCACAUUAAUCAUACUCUUGUUUUGUCCCUCUUGGAAUACCGUAAUUCAUUUCACCAUUUUACUGCAUGCCAGGAUUGAAUGAGUGUAGUCAUCGUUUGAAUAUAAAAUUAGUCACGGAACCGCAUUAUGUAGCAAAGCGAUCAAACUGAAGGACUUGUGAAUAGGAUGUUUAUUUUAUUUUGUUUACUCUCUGACGGUUCAUUGACUAGAAAGAGGGUUACUCCUACUGUCAAAGUGAGUUCCAGUAUCACAUCUAGUCUGCUGUACCAACUACCACCUGUGUGCUAAACAUGCUUUCG